GGAACUCUUCUACAAACCAAAUACUACCUCUUCUCUUCCUACAACUCACUAUUAUUCCUACUGUCUAUCCGCUUUCUCCCCGUCCCAGCACCAUGUCAGCCGAAAAAGACACUUACACCUUCCAGUAUGGCGAGCUGAAGAGGGGUCAGGUCUACGCCCUCGCCAUGGCUAAAGUGACCGAAAACUUUCUGCGCGCCAACUUCCAUGACUCCCCCAACUACGAGAAGCUGCUGCUGUCCGUCUCGGGCCAUCUCACGCGUGAUCCGUCGAUGGACGACAAGCUGCUGCACGGCUUCGAGCUGGCCCUGAUGACGCGGCAGAACGCCGUGCUGAAGGAGGAGCGCGACAACGACAAGGAUCGCAAGAAGUUUGUCUUUGAGAACCGCGCCAAGGGCCGCGACGUCAACGACGAUAGCGAGAGCGAGGCGGAGGAGGAGGGUCUGACGACAGAGGAGCAGCUGGCUGAGCGCAAGCGGCAGCAGGAGGAGGAAGAGAAGCGCAAGGAGGCGGAGUUCCUCGAGGCACAGGAGCGCUUUCAGGCGAUGCUGCGCCGCAAGGAGGAGAACGAGGCACGGCUGAAGAGUCAGGCCCGAAAGGUCGACACGGCCGCCAUCGAGCGCCAGCUGGAGAGCCGCGGCGCGGUGCUGCUGAACGAAGGCCUCGGCGCAAAGAAGAGGAGCGGCAAGGGCAGCCCCAAGCCCGGCCAGCUCUCCGCAGAAGAGGCAGCAAAGAUGAAGGUGGACGUGGCGCUGGUAAUGAAGGAGAAGACGCGCCUCGAUACCGUUCUGCACACGAGCGACGAGGAGCUGCCCGCGGCGCUCGCGGAGGCGAAGAAGUCGCUGGCGGAGUACACGCAGAAGACCGCCACCCUCGGCGAGCCCGCAUCGCCCACGAAGGAGAUGAGCAAGGGAGAAGUGACGCAGCUGCAGCAGAAGCUGACGAAGCAGACAAUGGACAAGAACCGCCUUGCGAUGCAGCUCAAGGCGAUGGAGCCGAACCCGGUGCGUGACGAGCUGGUGGCGGUGCUGGAACAGCGCGACGUGCUCGCCGUCAAGGUGGAGCAGGCUGAAAACGCGUAA